AUGGAUACUGUAGAGGGACGUGGUUGCAUUACAGAAGGAAAAGAAAGGGAGGACCGAAUGGUGGAGGGUGCGAGGAAACGUGGCAAAAUGCAACAGCGCUGCAGCGCCCCGCUCAAAAACUACCAAGAAAAAUACGAGCAAAUCACGCGGCACGCCAGAGCGAGAAGAGGGGCCUGCCCGCGCCUCGUCGGCGGUCGCGCGCCAUAA